CGUUGUUACGCGCGGACGCAGUUUAGCCUUCCUGCGUGUGAGAUCGGUAUCGAUAUCUUAGUUCGUUCAUCAACAGUUUAAGCCAAACAAAGAAUUGUAAAUUAAUUGGAGAGACCGAAAUUACAAAGGAAAUUGGAAUUUAAAAUGAUGCCCAACCGGAUUUUAGCGCAUACUAAGCGGGUCCUCCUGCGAUCCACAACCAGCCAGAGCUGGAGCUCCAAAGGCUUGAGCUCGAAGGCGGCUCCAGUCACGGUGAACGACGGCCAGAUCCGAAUGCCUGAGUGUCAUCAUAAUCAGGCCGCAUAUGACGGCCCCAGCUACCAGAAAAUACUCGAAACGCGUCGCACCCAUCUCACGCCCAAUUUGCUGGCGCACUUUAAGAAACCUCUCGUCAUCCAUGCGGGACAUAUGCAAUGGCUGUACGACCACGAGGGACGACGCUAUCUGGACAUGUUCGGCGGAAUAGUCACUGUGUCCGUGGGACAUUGUCACCCAAAGGUAAAUCAGGCAUUGAGCGAACAGAUCGCCAAGUUAUGGCACACAACGAACAUAUACAUGCAUCCCAAGAUCCACGAGUACGCCGAGCGAUUGGUGGCGAAAUUCCCUGGCAACCUGAAAAGCGUAUGCUUUGUGAACUCCGGAUCGGAGGCCAAUGAUCUGGCAAUGCUAAUGGCGCGCCUGCAUACAGGGAACCAGGACAUUCUCUCCUUCCGCAAUGCCUACCACGGCAUGUCGCCGUACACGAUGGGUCUCACGGCACACUCUACGUGGCGCUUCCCGCUGCCAGGAGUCAACAACGGACUGGUACAUGUGAUGAACCCUGACCCCUAUCAGGGCAUAUGGGGCGGUUCAGCAUGUCGAGACUCGCCCGUGCAAACUACUCGCCAGUGUGAGUGCCAGGAAAGCUGCCACGCGGGCGACGCCUACUACAAUGAGCUGGAGCAGACCUUCAAGUAUUCGCUGCCGCGCGGCAAGGUGGCAGCCAUGUUCGCCGAAUCCAUUCAAGGCGUGGGUGGCACGGUGCAGUUUCCCAAGGGCUACCUUAAACGGGCCGCCGCCCUAGUGCGCGCAAACGGAGGCCUGUUCGUGGCGGAUGAGGUUCAAACGGGAUUCGGCCGAACUGGCGAGCACUUUUGGGGUUUCGAGGGUCACGACUAUGUGCCAGACAUUGUUACCAUGGCUAAGGGCAUUGGCAAUGGCUUUCCCCUGGCCGCUGUUGUCACAACUCCGGAGAUCGCUGCAUCCCUGGGUCAGGCACUACACUUCAAUACGUACGGCGGAAACCCCAUGGCCAGUGCCGUCGGCAUCGCCGUGUUGGACGUCAUUGAGGAGGAACAACUGCAGCGCAACUCCCUAGAGGUCGGGACCUACUUCCUUGAGAGCCUGGCAGAAUUGCAGCAGCGAUUUGAGAUUGUGGGCGAUGUGCGGGGCAAGGGCUUGAUGAUUGGCCUCGAGCUGGUAGGUGAUCGCGAGAAGCGCACUCCGCUGGCCACCCCUCAUGUGCUGGAAAUCUGGGAGACAUGCAAGGACCUGGGCGUGCUCUUCGGGCGAGGCGGCCUACAUGGCAAUGUCCUGCGCAUUAAGCCUCCCAUGUGCAUCAACCGGCAAGACGUGAAGUUCGCGGUUGAUGUGCUGGCACGGGCCAUCACUGACUCCAUGGACAAAUAUUGAAGUUCCAAAUAGAGAAUAUACGUCGACCAGAGGGAAUGAAUGUUUAUGAAUGGUCCCAUGCAUUUACUAACCAAUAAAUUCCACCCAACCGUCUGGCUAGAUGGUAAUCUAGUUACGAAAACUUAUUGUUAAAUUUCCAAAUCAUGCACCUGGUUUCCAAAACAAAUGGCAACUAAUACUACAACUUUUUACCAAAUAUAAAUGUUAAUAUGUACAUAUAUGAAAAAAACAUUAUCACCAUUCGA